CCUUUUCUUUUAAAAAAAAGAGAACAUUCCACGUCAGGCCAUGUAGUGAACAACCCCAGCUAAUACCCCCACCCACUCUCCCAUAUGCACACAUACGCAUAUGCAACUCCAUCACGACAACUGCAUACGUCCUCAGAUACGUCACGAUAACCAGCCACCCAACGCCAACGCCCCUCCCGCGGCAAAAGCAAAAAAAGAACCCGCACCCUCUGCCGGUCACCAGCACAGCCCUAGCUGCCAGACCCGGCACCCCCCCUCUCCCCAAGCUCCACCCACAACCACACCAACCCUUCAAAUGUGGAGCUUAGCCAAAACCUUCAAUUCUUUUGGGUGUGCGGGGAAAAUCAUGCGAGCCAAGAUCCACGCUGGGACAAUACCCCGUUGGUCCUUCCGCUCUUUUCCCCCAUUCCGAGCCACACCCACCUCCAAGCCCCCAAGCCCUACUAAACAAGGGGAGCCUUUCGAGGUGGCCGGGGAGAGUUGCAGAUCGAACCGCUCGGGGAGCGCGGCAGAUGUGGAAAAAAGCAAAACAUCAUGGCAAAAGUCGAAGAAAAAAGCAAGGAUGUGGUUUGUUAUUGAGUAGUAGAGUUACUUUACACUAGCUUGCACAAUCGGCUUCCGCUUCUUGCGCAC